GAUUUCGGUGUGGGGGAACCCCCCCUUAGGUAAAGCUUCACAUGUCCUUGAGUUUAGAUUGCAUAGAGCACGCUACUAUACAUGAUACCUGUAUUGAGUAUGGAACCGCCAUGAUGCUUGUCGUCUUGCAUCAGAUAAAAAUUUGGGAUAAAUGUCCGAUAAAAAUGUAGGACAUUGCCCCUGUGCUGCGUUUUUGGGAAUACGUUUGAUCACUAUUAACUACAGGCGUUUUUAUCUCUCUGAUUUUUAUCUCUCUGGUCUAGCAGCAAAUAGUGAAUAUAUGUUAUUUUAUUUUACACCGGUCUCAUCUCAACUACUCCAUUGCUAUGCAAGUUUUUUAAAAAGCAUGAGUCAUGCAUGUCUUUCUUCCAGAGUGCCGCAGCACACACGCGCACACAUGCACACGCAGUUCGGUGCAGCAGCGCAUCCCGCGCCUCACUGCAGUGAAAAACGUCCCAUCCACCUACAGCACACACGCAUUGCGUCUCCGCUAGUUUUUUUUUUUAUAGCUCCCAUCAACACCAACGCGUUAGGAGUAGCUGAACGCGCCUUAUCGACAUUAUAAAUCAGAAAAUAAAUAAAGGAAUAACUUUGUUGUUCGAACCAGAGGAGCUUUUCUGCAUCUAAAGCCUUGUCAGCCUCGACAACAUGGGUCUCAAAAGCCAGGACCCCCUGCCUCCCACGAGCAAUCUCACCUCAGGACAAGUGGGCUCCUUCCAGAAGUUGGAGCCUAAAACCUUGGGGGCCAUCCAGAUCAUCAUCGGGUGUCUUGUCCUCUGCCUGAGCGCCUCUGUGUUGCAGCUCCACGAGAUCCACUUCACUGGUGAUGUCGCUGUCCUUUUGAUUGUUGUCUUACAGCUCAUCCUGUCUGGGUCGGUCCUUGUCCACGCGGGCAAGAAGCCUUCUCUCUUUUGGGUGAAAUGUACCCUGGUGCUGCACUUGAUUAGUGCUGCCUUCUCCACGGCUGCUCUGGGCCUGAUGUCCAAACACCUGCCCUACCGCCAGGACUCCUACCACUGUGAACACUGCCGGAGACUGGAGCUGCAUGCCGUGCUCCUGAUUGACGGCAUCAUAGGUACUCUGGUUAUCUUCCUUAUUCUGGAGCUGCUCAUCUGCAUCACAGCCAUGCUGUUUGGCCUCAGUGUGCUGGCCUCAAGUGGUGGAAUGCAGUCAUCCAGUGGAUCUCAGCGCCCAGCCUACCCCCAGACUCGCCCCCCGGCAGGUCCCCCUGCUGUGCAGGCUGCAGCAUCUCAGGUGGCCGUUGUUGUCACUGAACCUGAUUCCGACCAGGUAGAGGAGGUCUCCACUCCCCCCACUGACCCACAGGUGGAGCCCAUCGAGGCGGCUGAGCCCUAAACCAAACCUCCUUCAUCCUCCACUCCAGCCACUUGGGCCGGAUUAUAUGCGCAACAGUGUUGGUCUUAAUCUGAAUUCCAAAUCGAGCCCUAGACAGUUCUGUAGAUCUGAAACGAUUAGAUAGGUGGUGGAAAUUCCACCCAGCCUACCUAAAGGCAAGGUGAAGCAUUUGGCCUACAUACUGUUCAAACCUUUCAUAUCCUUUCAGAUCUACAGUAAUGCCAAGGGGUAUAGGGGCUAGGGGUUCAUUGGGAAUUCAGCUUUCUAAGGAGAUGGUGUGGUGACUGGCAGGGCAAAUUCUCAUGAAUGACAUAUAACUGUUUUGCCGUAAAUGAAGGCACUCAAACCUGUAUUGCCUCAGUAAUUAUUAAGCUAUAUAAAAUGGGAAGAAAAUGUCAAUUGUUACCAAUGUUAUUCAUUUUGAGGAUGUUUGCAAAGCUACGAGACUGAUUAUAAGUAUUAUCAUGGAUGCAGAAAGUGAAGGAUGAACAUAUAGGACAGGGGUUCUACAUCUCUGAUCCUGAGGAGGGUAUGCAGGCUUUUGUUCUAGCCCAACACUAACACAGCAGUUUCAAAUAACCACUAAUCAAGGUCUUAGUUUCUAACACUGUCACUGCAUGGAUUGGAGGAUUCUAGGGACUAACUGAAGCUAAUGUAAAAUUGUAUGUAGGUAUACUUCCAUUGCUUCUUUUGUUGUUUUUUGGUGGCAUCACACUUUUUGAGACCAAAUAAUACACGCUUUUAUCACUACCGUGUCAUAAUACUGUAUAGUGAUGUAUUCAUGAUGCUUUACAUAAUAUAAUUCUGUUCAUUGUUUUUAGUCUAGUUUUGCACAUUCAUGUAUUUUAAAGUGAAUGAUAUCACAGCUCGAAUCACUUACCAAGCUAACCAACCAAUGCUGGCAAUGUAUUGUCUAGCUCAUUGAGAGGAUUGUAUCAUGUUAGAAUAUAGAAUAGUUGUAGAUGAACACUGAUGAACACAUUAGAAAAAAGCAAGCAAAUACAUGCCACAUCAACACACAGAAUACGUAAUUGAUCCCUACCAUAGCCUAACCUUUUCCGUGUGUGUUAUGAUUCCAUCAUAAGAAACCUGACUUGUAUGGCAUUUGUUUGAAUAUCUACUUUCUUUAUUUUUAUUUUUUUUAUUUUUUAUUUUAUUGAACAAUUUGCUCUAGCAAAGCAAAAUAGUCUCUUGCGUAUGCUCUAAUAUUCUAGACAUACUAAAAUACUCAAACAGUAAGAAUAUUCUGGACUGCCCUAAAAAAAUAAUAAAAUGCAUGUCCAUUUGACAUUUUAACCAAAAGCUAACUGACAUUGUAGUACUCGUUUUUGUGUCAUUCCAGCCCAUGUUGACCACUGAACUAACUUUUGCAGUUCUUCCUUUUGCGACAUUACAGCACUUGUCGACCACCCUCCACCUGUUUUCAUUGUGAAGAAAAGUCACUGCUGUUACUGUAAUAUUUGUGCAUGGUCCACUGAUGCCUUGUCCUCACAAGAGGGCAGCAUUGGUGAAUGCGUUGAUGUUCUAAAGGUCUGGUUUGCUGUUUAUUUACAAUGUGUUUGACUGUGCUAUUGAUAUGGGUAUUUCUGUUAACAUGCAAUAAAGUAAGUCUUUCAGAGCCAA